AUGCAAUGGGUUCUAAGAAAUUAUGGUGGGAAAGGCUGGAAAUCUGAUCUGUUUAGGUUUGCCCUUACAGAAACUCUUCAUGAGAUCUGGCUUUCUAGAAAUGAAUCCUGUUUUAAUCAAAGAACUGAUAAAAGGAAGUGCCUAGAUAGAAUUAUAAACAACAUAAUGUAUAGAGGGUGGACUAGUCCUAAGCUUAAACCACAUAUAGCUAGGUUGAUUUUACCUUAA